GUUUUUAUCCUUUGCCAUUUUUCAGGUCGUUAAUGAAAGUUGUUCUGUGUUCCUGCCAAGGUGCUUUACUCACAGGAGAUUGAAGUGUUUGCAUGAUGGCUGCACCAGUGAAGCUGCGGAUUGUUUUCGGUGCCAAUAAUGCUGAAAAGCUGACCAUAGAAUCGGGCAUGCCAAAAUCUGUGGAGGAUCUUUCAAAUGAGAUCAAACAUCAAUUUGAUAUAGAGGGGGACAUUAGACUCCAGUACAUGGACACUGAUUUUGAUAAUAACUAUGUUAACCUUAACAAGAUUAGUGAUAUACAAGACAAGAGUACUGUGAAAGUCAUUUCGUUGACAGAUGAUUUAGAUAUCAGUCAAGGCUGUUUGAACCAGAGCGGUGAAGACACAUCUUUGUCCUCUAACGACACAAUAAUACUCUCCUCCCCUGACUCAGCGACUGCUCGAUCACAGUGGCCUACAGAAUUUCAAAUCCCAAAGUUUCCAUAUGAUGUGGAGAUUCAACUAGGAAGUGCAAACCAGGCCUUCAUGUCAAGCGGAGUUCUCCUAAACCCCAGCCACAAACUGAAGUCAGACAUCUUGGAAAGUCUGGCUGAGCAAAUAAUUAAGUUCAAGGCGUAUCCUUCAAAUUUGGAAAUAGAAUCUGUUGCUGAAGCUUUAAUAAAAGCUCACCCAUGUUUGAGGGAACAAGGAUCCUCUAGUGGUUACUAUGGAUGGAAAAUUAGCCUCAAGUACAAAAUGGCCAACUACAGGACAAAGCUAAGAAACUUGGGGUGCCCAGAGAUAAGCAUUAAUUCCCUCAAGCACAAACCUGCAGAGAAGUGCCAGCCAGCCUAUAACAUUAAAAACCCAGAAAGGCAGAAGUAA